UGCAGGGUAACGAGCCGUCGCUGCCCGGGUCGCGUCUGGUGGCUUCGCGCGGGAUGGUGCGUGGCCGGCCGUGCUCCGUGUGUUCCGGGGCACCGAGCCGCCUGCGCCGGGUGCCCGGCCCGGAGUGCAGCGCGCAGCGCCCGUGAGCCAGGGGGCGAGGCGGCGGCUGUGCCUCGGCUGAAGGAGCGGGCCGGUCCUUCGCCUGCAGCAGGGCGCCUGGAGUUCCAAGAUGCCACUUCAGACAUCUCAAAACUGAUAGCAAAGACUGAAGAACCAUCUUUAAGACCUGAUAAUUGUCCUGAAAUACUGACCAUGUCUAUUAUGGAUCACAGCCCUACCACUGGAGUGGUGACUGUAAUAGUCAUUCUGAUUGCUAUUGCUGCUCUCGGUGCCUUGAUAUUGGGCUGCUGGUGUUACCUGCGUCUGCAAAGGAUCAGCCAGUCUGAAGAUGAAGAGAGCAUUGUGGGAGAAGGAGAAACCAAAGAGCCUUUUCUUUUGGUGCAGUAUUCUGCUAAAGGACCUUGUGUAGAGAGAAAAGCAAAGCUGACUCCUAAUGGCACAGAAAUUCAUAGCUAACUUCGAGCAGCACAGAUGUGUAUCUGGACUACACUUAAGAUGUCUGUAAUCAGCAGAACUGAUACUGUGAAGAAAUUGGACAUACAUACUGCUCUCUCUUAAAACACCUUGAGAUAAGACUUCAGAGUUAUGGUUUUGUUGGUUUGCCACUGCAUGCACUGAGAAACUAUACUAUCCAUCAAUCCUGUAUUUUAACGCCUUAGUGCUAAGAGGUGACUUCUCUGGUAUAAAGUCCAUUGCUGGCAAUGGACAUGCAGGGAUAUGCUGGCAUGAAAAAACUAAUUGCAUUUUUGUUACUUGAAUGUUUAGCUGAGCCUAUUUUGAUGGAACUACUACUGUAAUGUGAACUACUUAAAACUGUGAACUGUAAAUAGGCUGCCAGGAGUUCUGGCUUUUUGUUAUCCAGCAUAUGGAAGUGGUAUGAAGUUAUUCUUAGUAACACACAUUUGGACUUCUGAGCCACAUGAUUACAGAUCGGAUGCCAGACCUUCAAAAUCAAAUCUGCAGUUAAAGCCUGUUUCUGCUAUGAAGUUCUGAGUGAAUAACUAUUAAGACAGAAUGGUUGCUUUUUAGUUUUUGUUUUUAAACCUCUUAUGGGACUGAUUCAGAACACUUUCCCUGAAUGCAGGUAUAUAUAAUCUCAUUUAAGGUGUUUGAGGCAGAAAGAAUAGGGGUUAUAAGGAAGGAACUGUACCUCUCUUCCUUUAGGGUAGAUUAAGCUGUUAUCAGCUAAUACUGUGAUUGUCCUAGCCAUGUAGCUACUGCAAGGAAACUGCCAUUUUAGCAGAUUCCAAUCUGGGAACUAAUGAUGGCUACUUUAUGCAUGGUCCAGAAGGUUUCCAGUGGAGUUAAAAAUAGCAGUAGAGCAGAUCUUUCCCUCCUGUUAGCAAGCAUGUUAAUUACAGAAGUGGUGGUUUCACUAGAACUGGCAUUAAUAUAAUUAUUUCUCCCUCCCCCCCCCCACAUAACCACUGUUUAUGUGUGUACCUAGUAGCUGGGACAUAUGUAAACAUGAAGCUAAACAGCCAACUGUGCAAACUGUUUUUAGUCUAGGUACCAAAUUGUCUACAGUUAAUGUAUUUUGUAGGUAAGGUUUUUUUUGAUUCUUAACUUACAGGGCAGACAGAAAUCUGUCUUGUAACAGCUAACUAAAUUUUGGGUGUGUUGGGGAAGGGAUAGAGGGAGGGGAAAAUUGUUUGUGGGUGGAGUAGAGCUUUUUUAAAAAAAAAAAAUGUGGUGCAAUCUGAAGUACCUUCACACAAAGGGGCCCCACAUUUCCUAACCUUUCCCUUCUCUUUACUCAAGAGAAACCUAUAACAGGUACUUGGAGUGAGAAAUUAUAGACCAUAAACAGUAUCAUAGGUUCUGAACAAUCAUUCAACCAUGGCUAAAAUGUUCUAGAUUUCCUAACUUUUAGGCCUGCAUAUUCCACUAACUACCCAGCUUUUGCCCAAUCCAGUUUAUAUGUAGCUAAGGAAUUCCUUUAGUUUUAAGUUAAACUCCCUAGCAAACUGAGAUGCAAAGGGGGCAGGGGGGGUGUACAAGCAGUAGAUAAUGCAAAAGUUCGACCACCACUAUCUGUGUGUGGGGGAACAGUUGUUAUGCUAAACACUGGUGUGAAUGAUGGGUUUAUACAUGGGGAAUAACAACACUAUUUAUUCUUAGCUAGCUCGGCCUUAAUGACUUUGUCUGCAAGCAAAUGAUAGUCCACUUAUGAACUAAAUUGCUAGCUCCCUCCAGGACAAGCUGCUGAGUUGCAUUCUUAUUCCUGUGUGCACUGAUUAAACUGAGGCUAGAAAAUGAAGUGUCUUUCACUGCAAAAGCCACGGCUUGGCUAAGCAAAUCCAUUGCUACUAAUGGAUGAGCGCUUCCUUCCUCUAAGUGGAGUGUGGAAUACAACUGCCUAGGGAGGGGGCAAACACUGGGUGGUAUAUUUACUGGCUCCAAAGAUGCCAAUUUUAAUUUUUCAGUCUAUGAUUUGAGACACUGGCCUAUACAUGCACGCUGGAUUCUUAACUGCAUAUAUGCUGAGCAAUCAGUAAGUAGAUUUUGCUUGUUUGGGAUGCCACACUUUAUUCUCCUUCUCCCACUUUUUUUUGGGGGGUGGGGGGGAGAAGGCAGAGGGAACACUAGUGGGAUGCAUAAGAAGGUUGGAUGAGAUCAUUUUGCCAUUUGUUCCCCAUAAGAAACAGAUUUUCAUAGAUGUUUCAUUCACUUACGAUUAUAGGUUAAUUGUGGAGCAUGUAAAAGUGGUAUGCAGAGUUGCUGAAAUCCUACAACAGGAAUGACAAUAUUUUAACCAUCUGACUUUUCAUUCAAGUUUACUAAAUAAACAAACUCAACAUUUCCAGUCAAUUCUGUAAACAAAGGCAAAAUGCAGUGACUAUGGCUAACUUCAGCUGUUUCUUAGAAAAGUAUAAAUUGUCAAAGUUCCUAAAUGAACACUUCCUCUGGGAGCCACGGGAGGAAGCCAGUGCAAAAAUUGGUCCCUUAGUAGGAGAUGCAUCACUCUGCUGUCCCUGGGAAUUUACUAUUUUUAAUCUAGAUUAAAUUAAUAAAAUGGCAAUCAAAUUAGUGCAAUAGUAAAGUGGAAAGUGUUUUCCAUAUCUCCAUUUAGGUUUCAAGAUCUGGUAAAUUGUUUGUUUGAAGUAUUACAAAAAUAUUCUGGUUUGAUUUUUCUAGACAAUUGGAAAAUAUUUUAUUUACAACAAAUAAAAUUUGCAUAAAUAUCUUCCCAA